CUUCCGGUGCAACACAGUGAAGGGGAAACGAACAUGGCGAGUCUCGUGGAAGUAACAACUCGGCAGCAGUUCGAGGAUUUCCUCGCCGCCGCCGGGAAGAGCCUGGCCGUCGUGCACUUCCAGGCGGCGUGGGCGCCGCAGUGCGCGCAGAUGAACGAGGUGAUGGCGGAACUGGCCAAGGAGCACAAGAGCUGCAGGUUCGCCAAGCUGGAGGCGGAGGCGGUUCCCGAUGUGUCCGAGCGGUACCGCAUCUCCUCCGUGCCCACCUUCCUGCUCUUCUCCGCGGGGGAGGAGGUGGACAGGCUGGACGGGGCGCACGCCCCGGAGCUCACCAAGAAGGUGCAGCGCCUGGCGACGUCCUGCGGUUCCGACGGGCCGGCGCCGGCGGACGGGUCCGACCUGGACCGGCGGCUGCGGAAGUUGAUCGCGGCGGCGCCCUGCAUGCUGUUCAUGAAGGGGGCCCCGCAGGAGCCCCGCUGCGGCUUCAGCCGCCAGGUGGUGGCGCUGCUGCGGGACCACGGGGUCCAGUUCAGCAGCUUCGACAUCCUGUCAGACGAGGAGGUCCGGCAGGGGCUCAAGACCUUCUCCAACUGGCCCACGUACCCGCAGCUGUACGUGAACGGGGAGCUGGUGGGCGGGCUGGACAUCAUGAAGGAGCUGGCCGAGUCAGGCGAGCUGCAGAACAUCUGCCCCCGGUCCGAGGCCGUGACCUUGGAGCAGCGGCUGAAGGUCACCAUCAACCGGAGCCCCGUGAUGCUGUUCAUGAAGGGCAACAAGGAGGCGGCGCGCUGCGGCUUCAGCCGGCAGAUCCUGGAGAUCCUGAACGGCUCCGGCGUGGAUUACGACACCUUCGACAUCCUGUCAGACGAGGAGGUGCGGCAGGGGCUCAAGACCUUCUCCAACUGGCCCACGUACCCGCAGCUGUACGUGAAGGGCGAGCUCAUCGGCGGCCUGGACAUUGUGAAGGAGCUGAAGGAGAGCGGCGAGCUGGUGUCGGUGCUGAAGGGGGAGUCGUAGGCGGACCCGCGGUGCCGCCGGGCCCGGGAGCAGGAAGCCACAUCGCCCGGGACUCUAACCGGCCUCAGGAAGUGGACAGUUGAAAUGUUAAAACUAGAGUUCAUGUCAGCACUUCUGAUAACCUCAAAGUUUUGCCCCGGUGAUUAAGAGUGAAAGUGAAAUCUUGAUCGAUGGUAUCUCAAAGUUCAUCUUCAGUGUCUGGAUUAAAUCUCCCGCCCUGUUCCCAUACUCACCUCACAGCACCUCAGCUUUAUUUAACAGAGUUGUAUCGUUCCCGGCUGCUCACGUUUCAUGCCGUCCUGUAAAACACCUGGAAGACUCUGGAAAACUUCCUCUGCUUCAGUAAUCAGAGCCAACUGUGGUGCACUCCUUCAACACAGUCACAAUUAAAAUAUUAAUGAAACAAA